AUGGCUUCAAAAGUUGUUCUCUUUCUCUUGGCAUCUUUUCUUCUGGUUUUGACACGGGUUUCGUCUCAAUGGAAUGAGGGAGUACUCCAUGAGGAUGCAGCAAGUCUAAGUUACAAGACACCACCUCCUUCACCAAUCAUGGUAUCACCACCUCCUCCACCAGUCAAGGUGCUACCGCCGCCUCCACCAAUUAAGGCCACAACCCCACCUCCACCAGUUGAGGUUCUACCGCCGCCUCCACCUACCAUACCCACACCAAAACCUAAACUAGCAAUGGCUUCAAAAGUUGUUCUCUUUCUCUUGGCAUCUUUUCUUCUGGUUUCGACACGGGUUUCGUCUCAAUGGAAUGAGGGAGUACUCCAUGAGGAUGCAGCAAGUCUAAGUUACAAGACACCACCUCCUUCACCAAUCAUGGUAUCACCACCUCCUCCACCAGUCAAGGUGCUACCGCCGCCUCCACCAAUUAAGGCCACAACCCCACCUCCACCAGUUGAGGUUCUACCGCCGCCUCCACCUACCAUACCCACACCAAAACCUAAACUAGAGUGCAGCCCCCUAUGUGUCGAAAGGUGCAAGUUGCAUUCUCGGAAGAGAUUAUGCAUGAGAGCGUGCAUGACUUGUUGUGACCGAUGCAAAUGCGUUCCUCCUGGGCAAUAUGGAAACAAAGAAAAAUGUGGCAAAUGCUACACGGAUAUGACUACUCAUGGUGGAAAGUCGAAAUGUCCUUGA